GUACGGAAUCGGCGCGUCGAUUUUCAGAUUUUCCUUCGACAGACGUGCUCACGUAGGGUAUUAUUCGAUUUGCGCGCUCAACUUUCCUGGUUACACGCGGCUCGUUGAGAGGGGAGGACAGAUACGCGCCUAUUCUGUGGCCCACAAACAGCCUACGCCAGAACUGGGCUCAUCGAUCGCGAGAUCUAGAGGCAUGCGUCGCGUGUUCCUCCCUCUCGUUCCGGCGAUUUCGCUCGAAAAUAAUAAGACACGAGCAGUUGACGGAUACGCGUUUAAUCACGGUUCAACUUGCACGUGGAUUCCUUCUAUUUCCUCUGUCGCUCGUUUGCCCGAUCAAACCUUAUCGACGCGAACCUGCACUUGAUUGCUCUCGUUUUCUUCUCGGUCUUUCACGUAAACCGAUAAUUGAAUAGAAAAUCAAGGGGAAAACGUUGAACAUAGAAAAUAGGGAAAACGUUGAAACGGACGAUGAGAAUUUCACCGUUAAAUUCCGUAACUGAUCAUGGAACCGGAUAGUUUAACGGAUUUCAAUAAUGUGCUCGGCAAACUAGACUGCACUUAUUGGUUCGGCGUCCAAUUGAAACAUAAACUGGCACGGUGUGGGGAAAAACACGCGUUAGCGCGAUUGUCAAUUUUCGAGAACGUUACGCAGUUAAUCGUAAUUGUACAGAAUAUAUUUUUUUUAAAUUCUAGUGUUAACUAUCAAUUAGAGUUAAAUUGAAAAAUGAAGUUCGUAAACGUCAAACGUUCGAUAACGAGUUAUUCGUAAAUUGAAAAGCGUAGACUGACUUUUGCUCAAUUAAACAAGUAAGCAAGUUGUUGUAUGACUUUUAAUUAAUUUUCGAUAAAAUGUUCAACGUGAAAUUAUAUUUCAUAUCGUAUAGCACUGCAUUACGGAUAAAACUAGCAAAAUGCUGUGCUCCGAGUUCGAUCCAAACGUAAUUAGACCAAACGCAUCAUGAACGAGUGCGCAGCGAAGUGCAAUUUAUUAUAUACUUUCCAUCCAAAAAUGCAAUUUAUGUGCACAACGCGUAAUAAACCUGUCAUUUUCGAUAAAAAUGAUAUAAAAACUUUGUUUUCGUCGAACGAGGAUAUUAUUCUAGAAUUGAACUUCGCUCGCUACAUCUCGCUCGGGCGAAAAAUGAAAUGUUCUUCGGGACAAAAAUGGAAAAGUAACGUCCCACGAAAAUGAGUCCUCGCGAACUUUACAAUGCAAAUACACGCCAAAAAUGAAAUUCGUGAUAAUAAAGCUAGGUGAGAAUUUCGGAGACAAAAGUUCGCGGACGGAAGAAGUGUUAGCAUUAUUAGAAUUUCCACAGGAAUUAUUUACGCGAUACUUUACCAGCAGCGUUCUUCCCUAUGCAAAUACAAAACGUCGUAACUCCUUAGACGUUACGUCGCGGUGGACAAAUAUUGCAAUAACGGUAUAUCAAGAUUAAUUUGUAAUCUGCCGCGAUGGUCGUAGGGAAGCGAUCCAUAAUUUAUACCUCGCGCAUAGCUGUUCGUUCCACCGGAUUAAGCUAAAAAGAUGAUACAACAACGAACAAAAAUUUCAGCGCCGAAUUUACACGCCGGUUGAACUAUUAUCGUUUAUUUUCCGUCGCGUUUGUACGCCAGACGGUGGCUCUGUUAAACGAGUUGGCCGAAGGUUCCGACAUAAAUCGACGCAAACAACGUAUUUACGCUCGAUCGUUUCCGAAAAAGAAGACAAGAGGGAACAGAAUGGGAAUCCCGUGUCGUUGCUUUUUCUCUCUCUGCGUCGAGAUGACGCGCCGAUCAAAAGAGACACUCGUCGAGGGGGAGGAAAAUUCGUUGCAACGCAGUGAUCGUGGUUUUCUUUCGUUCAGACGGAGAAACGUCAACACUUGUCCAUUUAUUUAAGAAACUUCCAUCUGAAGAUCAAACGUUCAAAACAUGCUCUGUCUCCUUCUAAGCCCUAUUGUUGCCAGGAAAAUAGUUGAGCGCGUAAUAUACAGACUCUUAUCUUCUAUAAAAAGACUACACCCGCUUUCGCGUCGAAUCUGUUGCUUAUUCCACCGUGAAUUAUUUACGCGAUCGUCUUUUUGAGCUUAAAUCCGAACAAAGUAUGAUGAAACCAGAAAUGCGAUAUUACGUUUCCGUACGAUGCCAUACGUAUUUUUCGUGUGAAACGGAGAGGCUAGUUUGCUCGCGAAGAUUGAAUCGUUCGCGGGUCGCAAUUUCGCUGCGCGCGCAGCGGCGCGCGAGCAUGCGCAAUGGCCCGUGCUACUCGCGUAGACAUCUCCGCUGCACUUCCGGCGUGCAACGCGCGAAGAUCGUCCCUGAAGAUCUGCCAACCGCACCGAAGACAGAGAAACGAUAUUUCGUUGCGCUACGUCAAUCGGGUCUCGUAGCGCGACUUCUGAUCGCGCUAGGGCGAGAAGCGGCGACGUAUCGAGGCACAAUACGUCGCAACGAUGCCUGCUUCGACUUGUUUUCCUCGUGGAACAGUCAAGGCCGCCGCGAGAUAAUUAUGCAGAUAACGGUGAUGCUCACCGGUAUCCCACCUGCAUGGAGGAUCUACAGGGUCGGGAUUGGAGAUAGACAAGAUGGACCAACAGUAUUGCCUACGGUGGAACAAUCAUCCAGCCAACCUCACAGACGUUCUCAGCUCCUUGCUUGCCAGAGAGGCACUCUGCGACGUUACCCUGGCGUGUGUUGGAGAGACAUUCAAGGCACACCAGACGAUACUCUCUGCAUGCAGUCCAUAUUUCGAGAGCAUUUUCCUCCAGAAUACCCAUCCCCAUCCAAUUAUAUUCCUGAAGGAUGUCAAUGACACGGAAAUGAAGGCGUUGCUGCACUUUAUGUAUAAGGGAGAAGUUAACGUUAGUCAGCAUCUACUACCGAUGUUCCUUAAAACAGCUGAGGCGUUACAGAUUAGAGGCCUCACUGAUAAUAGUGUAAAUAACAAGACGGAAGAGAAAAGUCCAUCGCCAGAACCAGAAACGCAAACUGGCAUUAGGCAUACUGAAUCGCCUAGCCUUCAACCUCUUCCUGAAAAGAGGAAACGGAAGGCUUCGGGCAGCUAUGAUGUUUCCCUUAGUGGCCCACCCAGUGAACGGUUCAUGUCAGAUUCUCAGGCAUCCUCACAAUGUAGUUACAAAUCAAGUCCUCCCGUAAUUCCAAAGUUAAAUAAUGCAAUGGGAGGUGAUAUGGAAGAUGGUGGUCGACCUAUGUCUCCUGCAUCGCAGCCACAACCUUCUAUCAAACAAGAAUUAGAUCAUCAUUUACCAGACUUCCAUGACAAUAUUUCCCUCCCAACUAGUGUGGAGUGGGAGGUUCAAAGAGAUGGGAAGAGUGACGAAACUAUGGAUGUACAGAACAUGACCCAAAAUCAACCAGAUUCCGCUGUGAUACAAGUUUCUUGCGAAAGUACUAUCAUGGCUGGAAGUUCCCUGUCUAUCACUAUGUCAGAAACUGCGCCUGAAUGUUAUAAGAACUCAUAUAAAUCUUUACAAAAGCAAUGUGUGCCUCAAAAAUUCAAUUCACAUGAUAGCAACAAUACAGAAUCAAAUUCAUUGUGCAAUUUAUUGCUGGAAAAUAAUGUAAAUGCUAAAAAUUCUUAUAAUAAUAAUGCUAAUAGACCAAUAAUAGUAAAUCAACAGCAAGGCAUGUCUGUAAUACAAUCAACUUUCUGCAACAUUUCACAGCGUUCGAAUUCUCAUGGUAGAAAGUCUGGUAGAUUUAAAAUUGGUUGGUUAGAUAUGUAUUCUUGGCUUCAGUACGAUGAAAGAUCAAAUCUUAUGUUUUGUAAAUACUGCAGGAAAUGGAGUGAUUCAAUUCCUGAAAUUCGUACUUCAUUUGCAGCAGGAAAUGGCAAUUUUAGACUUGAAAUUGUAAACCAUCAUGAUAAAUGUAAAGCGCAUAAUUUGUGUGUUGCUAAAGAGAGUGCAGCAAAACAAAGUUAUACGUAUAUCAUGAAUACCUGUUGAUCUUAUAUUAUAGUUACAUUUUAAUCUCGAUUGACUUGUGAUUAAUUUUACUUAGUUAUGAUUGAGUUUAACUACAAUCAUUAAGAAAUUUGUUAUAACAGAUAAGUUUUGUUUAUUAGAUAAAAAUACAUAAGCACCUUUUUUUUGUGUUCAGUCAUGCAUGUUUACAUGUUUGUAAUUGUUUAAGACUGUACAAACGAUUUAUUAAUCACGCCGUAUUUUCAUAAAAGAUGUAUGUUUACAAUCUGUAUUUUGUUGCAAGCAUGUUCAUACCAUAAUACUUUAAAAGCUAUUUGAUGUCGUCUUUCUUCUUAUAGCAUUAUUAAUUUUAAUUGAGCAUUAAAAAAGUUUAUAGAUGUGUAUGUUAGAAAUACAUAAAGAUUGUAUCAAAUUUGGAGGAUAUUAGAAAAAGUGCCUAUUACUAGCCAUAUUUUUAACGCUGCCAUCAUUACAAAUAGAAUUACUUUAGACAAUAUAUUUUUUAACAAUCUUUCUGAUGCCUUUGCGAAUUUUUUCAUGAAUUAAAAUUAUACAUUGUAUAUUUUUCAUUAUGUUAUAAAUCAAUUAGUUCUAAUAUUAUAUU